AUGAGAGGCCAGUCGCCCAUCCCAAAGGUCGCGUUCGCAUUGCCCCAUCUGAUCACGCCCGUUGCUACUGCAGCGCUGCUGGUGCCUGAGCUCCUUCCCACGGGGCCACGACAGAGUGCUGCUGCCGCCGUGCCGGAGCGGCUUGCACCCAAUCAGCGGCACCACCGGCGCAGUAGGACCCGCCCUGCCCGCUCCGGCCUGCUCGGGUCACUGGGCCACUGGCGAACGCAGCAUGUCACCAAACAAGGUGCCCAAAAAGGCAGGACGGGAUUGGGUCGGCGCGGCGGCCCCUCGCCGACGGAGGAGAAGUAG